GCAUACAUUGGAUACGAUGACAACAUGACGCUAAGGCGAUACGUGUGGAUGUUGUGCUCGAAAAUAAUUUCUUAAUUGACUGAUAACAUGGAUGUACCCUGAUAGAAUAAAUCAAAUGACGAAAAUGUCGUGCAACUGGCUGACAGAGGAAUAUUUUUCGCAUUUGAUCGGUGGUGAUAAGAAAUCACACUCGGCACUGGAAAUGCUGGUGGAUGAUCUGCACACUUCAAAAGAAAGUACAAUAGGUCGUUUCCUCUGUCACUCUGGAUCGGAAGACUUCCUGUGGGGUUUGGUCAGACUCUUAGGAAGUGACAUUCCCAGAGUUGCAGGGAAUUCGGCCUACAUUAUUGGCACCUUGGCAGAGUCUGACAUAGGAUGUUACCGAGUCCUGGCCCUGGCCAAGGGCAGUAACUCUAACAGUGGCCGAAUACUGAAGGACCUGACACGCAUGUUGACCUUUGAAGACCCGGAGAGCGUGAUGAAUGCUGCAGGAACUAUGGGGACCCUGGCUGAAAGUAACGAAGGUCGUAACUGGAUUCUGAGUGCUGAUUGUGUGGACGCCAUGUUGGACAAUGUGACAGCAUUGCUCCACACGGACAACUUGUGGACAGCCAGCAACGCUGCUCUAGUCAUUGCUAGAUUGUGCAUAGCUGAAGAUGGCUGCAGUAAAAUACUCAACAAUCCCAGCUCCCAACACAUCCUGUCCAAGCUGGUUGUGUCGCUCGGAGUCGAUGAAGCAGGGCGGGGAAUGAAUGCGGCGUUCGCCAUUGGUCGGCUGUGUGACAUGGAUGUCGGGAGGAAACGACUGCUCUCAUUACACGAGUCAGAGAGAAUGAUCUCAUCCCUAGCGAAGAUGUUGAGCUGCGAGGACACGGGAGCCAGUAAAAAUGCAUGUUUCGCCUUGAGUUGCCUGGCAACCAACUCGGAGGGUCACUCCCGUCUCCUGAACAAUGCGUAUGUGGAUGAGGUGUUGCGGACGUUGUCGGAGCUGCUGAGUGCAGAGGACAGCGAGACGGGCUGGUUCGCUGCAAUGACUCUCAGAACCCUAGCCAGUCAACCCAAAGGGUGCUUAAAACUACGAGAAAACCACACAGUUCACUUGGCACUGAAGGCAAUGGAGGUGAGGAGUGACAUGAAUUCUGACCUGAAAGAGGAGGUCAUCAUCACACUAGAGAUCCUGAAACGUCUGGAGAAGCCUGCACCACCCCACGUGGAAGUUACUGGGCCCUACUCAGUACUGGCCCGCUGGGACAAGAUCACCACUAAGAGCGGCUUUGAUGUCCGCUACCAGCUGUUUGAAGGUGUGCGUUGUGUGUACAACGGCCGUGAGUGCAGCUACGAGGUGGACGACCUGGCUCCUUACACCCAGUACAGUCUGCGACUGCGAGCCUACACCGAGGGGGAUGAGAGCCAGCACAGCGACACUGUGCAGGUUAUGACUGAGGAGGCUGAGCCUUCUGCUCCGGUCGACCUGAAGAUCCUCGGGUCCACCAUCACGCAGCUGAAGGUGGGCUGGGAUCCUCCGGAGCACCCUAACGGGGUCCUAAAGGGUUACUACGUAUUUUAUGGUAGAAACGUAGUGGAGCACACAGCAGACGUCUCCAUCAUCCUGACAAGCCUCACAGCCAACACCGCCUAUGAAGUCCAGGUUUGUGCAGCGACUUGUAAAGGCAAAGGUGAAAGGUCAUCUGUCAUCGGAACUACGGCAGAAUUAGGAGCCCACGCACCGUCCCGGCCUCAAGUCCAUGUGUUGGGUCGUAAUGAGGUCAACUUGACCUGGGGUCCACCAGAGGUACCACUUGGCAGGAUAACCCGCUACGACGUCAUCAUGAACGGCAAGACAGUGUACUCCGGCACUGAUCUCUGCUACAACGCCCGCAGGCUGACACCUGAUACAGAGUACACAUUUGUGGUUGUGGCACUCACAAAUGAAGGGAAGUUUGAAAGUAAAGCCACAAAGAAAAGAACAUCCAAGGAUGAAUACGAUACAAAUCGACCUCCGUUAUAUCAGCCACCAAAACGAGAAUCUGUUACCGAGGAGACGAUGCCCAAAGUGAUAUCACUGCAGAAGAAGAGGAAGUCGCUGACGGAGGGGAAGUUGACGCGAGUGCCGAGUGCCAAGAAUCGGUCAAAGACCCCAACCAACACAGAGAAUAUACCUCCAAGACCAAGUUCAGCAGGCAGCAUGUCCCCGCGUCAUGGCAGCCAGGUGUUGUCCGACUCGUCCAGCCAGACAGAAGACUCACCGAUCACAACUAAAGCAGCACCAGUGCCUAAACCUGUUCCGACUGAGCCUAGGAAGGAGCCUAGGCCAUUGUCGCUGAAGAAAGACAGGACUUCCAGAAUCUCAUCAACAUCCUCCUCCGCUGCUAGGGAGUCCUCUCAUCGAGCAAUCAAAGUUGAUAAAUCACCAACAGUGCCAAAAACAAUGUUCCCUGUGGCGAUAAGUUAUGUUUCCAUUCACGGAGGGGAUGACUUCGAUAUGACCUUUGACCCAAAUAGGUCACCUGAGUUUUAUAUUAAGAAACGUGGUGGUCCAAUAGAAAGUUCUGGGUUGAAAUUGGAACGAUCUCGAACUUCGUACAUUGGACCUAAACACCCAAGCAAACAUAAAGGAUUAUUAACUGACCUUGACCUCUCUGAAGAGCCCCUGGAUGUUAUAAAUAGUGGUUCAAAAACUUCGGCUGUUGACCGCGGAGGAAAAUCGUCACUGCCGAAGCCUUCUGUGCCAAGUCAGCAGUAUUUGGACGGUGGGAGGUCAGUCACAUUCUGUGCAGAGAAUAAUCGAGGGUCAAGGUCAAUGCAAAGUCCACGUGGAGGUCAUGAGGUAUCACGGGAAGUGAUAGAUAUGGACCAGUUGGAUCAGGAAGUUCUGAAAGCGAAGAGACCAGCAAGCCACCACUCUGCGUAUAGUAGCGCAGGGUCGGUGCUGCCCUCUAGUGGCUAUACAGUCGCACCAUACUUUAUAGAAUCACACCACGAGUUCUUACAGAGGACUAACACCUUUGUUAGCUGUCACAGGCCAGGUUUGAAGAAAACGUUAGAUCGCCUUCCAAACAAAAUGAGUUUUCCAAUCAAUGUUGCCAUGGCCGCGGGACCUGUGACAUUUUCCCCGGAGAUUCCUGAGAACAAGGUGGCGAAAUCUCACAACAAGUUUGUCCCUAUGCAGCUGAGGACGCAGCCAGGGAACCUGCCCCCCGCUCAACUUCAGCGAGUCAGCACCGCGCUGGCCGAACCUAGAGUGAGCGGAGGAUUUCCUACCCGCCGCCUGGAAUCCCUCCCCCGUAGCCACACCCAAGUUGUCACGGAAACCAAGGGUCCUUCUAUGUCUGUGAAGAGAGGAAAGAAUCAUGGGAUAGGCGGUGCCAGUGAGAUGGACACUGCUGGAGUGAGCGGCCAUCACUCCAACAGCAAAGAAAAAGUAUCCAGAUCAAAGGGCUCCUCCCACCGCCGACUCAACCAAUCAGGACACAUCCGUGAGCCCGACUCCGUCUUACUCAGCCAAUCAUGGACGUUCAAGCCUCAGGAAGAGGCUCUGCAAGGAGCCAGAUAGCAUCUGAUUGACUCAUGUAAAUACUAAUGUUAUAUAUCAUUGAAUGAGGUUGGGUCAUCGGUGUGAAAAUGAUCAAGUCAUAGUACACCUGCAUUAACACUUUCAAUGCUGGUUUUCGUUACGAUUGUUAAGUUUGGUUCUGUAUUAUGGCUCUGUAUAGAAUUGGUCCCCAGUACACCAUAGUUUGUACCCUGUCUUGUUGAAGGUGCAAAAUCAUAGGGUUUUUAUAUAAUUAAUCAGAACAUCAACUUUUUUUGUGGCAUCAAUGAUUUCAGUGAUCCAUUCGUAUAAUUAUAUCACUGUUUUCUUUUUGCUCCCAAUGGAGUCUGUAUUGGUGUAUAAUCAAGACUGAUUAUUCUCUGGCAUGGGAUUUUGAAUUUACACUGCUCUGCACAAAGCUGUGUUGGAAAAGGGCAUUCCCUGUACAUGUAUCAGCUAUAAAUAGAAUUUAAACAGAUACACAUCAUGAAAUUAUUAUGAAAAAAGCUAUUUCAUAUGAAGAGUGAUUAAAGUGUUAACUGUCAUACCAAAGCCCUGGGUUCGAUUCUCCACAUGGUUACACUGGUAUAUGACCUCAAUGUGCUGGAAUAUUGAUAAAUGCAACGUAAAACCAUAUUCACUCACUCAUAUGAGAAGUCCACAUUUGUAGGAAACAAGGAAGUGAUCUGUGGAACUUUGGGCAUUAAUUUCAGACACCACAGAGAACUAUUGCUAGUUACUGAAAGUCUGACAGUAGUGUUAAAUCCUGUUCACUCACUGAGUUUAGUGUCAUUAUUAGACUAACAUCUUGUCUCUGAAAUGAAAAUGUUUUACAGAAAACACAGUUGUUAAGUUAUUUCAAUGAAAUAGAAUAAAAAAGAGCCCAGAGACUCUUCAUUUUCAGUCAGAAACAUCAGUAAUCUAGACUUGCCAACUAGGAUAAAUUGCAUGGGAUGAUUAGAUAUAUUUGUCAGAUGUUGCCAUUGUUUGCAAUACAAUCCCCACGUUAAGGCUUGAAUGUGUUCAACUACCUCAUGAAGGAGUUCAGUCUGCAGAUAAGUCAGUAUUCUUUUUUUUUCACCAAAAUAGUAUUUAUAUGCUUUAGAGUUCAAUGUAGGAGUAAAACACACAUUUACUUGGAACCCAUUUUCAUUACUGGGAACGUGUGUUCCAAUAGUUUUAAAAUUUAGGGACGAAAUAUAAUUGAAGAAGCAUAUAUCUUCUGAUAUGAACAAUCCAGGAAUUGCCCUGUUGAAAUUAACCACACAAGGAAUGUCGUAAAACAGUCUUAAACAUGCCUUCAUGGCUUUUUGUGUAGGAUGUCCCAUUGUAUAACCUGUUGCCUGUGUAACGCUGGGUGUAAAAAGUGUGUGGACCAAGUGGGUACCCUUGACUUCCUGAGUCAUUAAUGCCUCAGUCACAUUUGCCGCCGCGGCCGUGGGGUUUAAAAUAUCUACGUCCAAUAGCAAUUACAGGGCCGCCGCAGCGUUCCUACAGUCACAUACUGUAGCAGUCACAUAUGUUAGGGUAGCCGCACGGCGUAUUUUGAAUUUGUGGAGACAGAAAACCUGCGGCUGCGUACGGCCUAUGAAGUGAUGACACACAGUCGUCUGAGGGCAUCCCUGCGGUGGCCAUAAUUUUUUUGACAAAUACAAAGGCAAAUGCGAGGUAGGUGCAAGGCGCCCACAAGGCGCCCGCAGGGGGACCAUACGGCGACCGUGCUGCCAGACUGAGGCUUAGUAACCGCAACACGGGGCAGCUGCAAGCAAAUGCAAGGUCACCGUACGCCCAACGUAUGGUCACGGUGGAACCGCUCUACGGCAUGGCUACAGCGUGUCUAAGUGUCUAAUUGCUACGGCAAACCUAAAAAAUAAAAAAGUAUACACUAUAAUCCCAUGGCGACCCCUACGGCCUGUAAAAGGUGACCCUAGGGUGACCCUGAGGCCACCACAGGUAUCUCUCAAUUUCGGGGGGCUACAGCCACCAUAUCCUAGCCGUAGAGCAAAUGUGACUGAGGCAUAACAUACAUAACUGGGCUGACUGUCUGUGAGUGGUUAUCAUGGAUUGUUCAUUUGUGGGAAUAUUUUUAUACAUAACUGUUGUUUAAAAUUGAUUGGUUAAUUUCAUCAGAAUAUCUGUGUGUUAUUCUGAAUGGACUUUGAUAUUGUUUAACUUCUUUGUGGAAGAUUUGGUUCAUGAAUUAGAAACAUUGAUAUCCUGUAAUCCUUGAAAGACACCUGUCCUACACCAGUCUUUAUAACACUUUAAGUGUUAGCAUAAAUAAUGCAUACUUUGUGCAAUGCAGAUGUUGAAUGGUGUAUACUUUGAGUAAUGCAGAUUUUGAACACUGUAUACUUUGUGCAAUGCAGAUGUUGAACAAUGUAUACUUUGAGUAAUGCAGAUGUUGAACAAUGUAUACUUUGAGUAAUGCAGAUGUUGAACAGUGUAUACUUUGUGCAAUGCAGAUGUUGAACAAUGUAUACUUUGAGUAAUGCAGAUGUUGAACAUUGUAUACUUUGUGCAAUGCAGAUGUUGAACAAUGUAUACUUUGAGUAAUGCAGAUGUUGAACAGUGUAUACUUUGAGUAAUGCAGAUGUUGAACAGUGUAUACUUUGUGCAAUGCAGAUGUUGAACAAUGUAUGCUUUGAGUAAUGCAGAUGUUGAACAGUGUAUACUUUGAGUAAUGCAGAUGUUGAACAGUGUAUACAUCGUGCAAUGCAGAUGAUGAACAAUGUAUACUUUGAGAAAUGCAGUUGAACAGUGUCUACUUUGAGUAAUGCAGAUGUUGAACAGUGUAUACUUUUUACAAUGUAUACUUUGAGUAAUGCAUAUGUUGAACAAUGUAUACUUUGAGUAAUGCAGAUGUUGAACAAUGUAUACUUUGUGCAAUGCAGAUGUUGAACAAUGUAUACUUUGAGUAAUGCAGUUGUUGAACAGUGUCUACUUUGAGUAAUGCAGAUGUUGAACAGUGUAUACUUUGUGCAAUGCAGAUGUUGAACAGUGUAUACUUGUAGUAAUGCAGAUGUUGAACAAUGUAUACUUUGAGUAAUGCAGAUGUUGAACAGUGUAUACUUUGUACAAUGUAUACUUUGAGUAAUGCAUAUGUUGAACAAUGUAUACUUUGAGUAAUGCAGAUGUUGAACAAUGUAUACUUUGAGUAAUGCAGAUGUUGAACAAUGUAUCCUUUGAGUAAUGCAGACAUUGAAUAAUGCAUACUUGGAAUAUUUCAUACUUUAAAUAAUGUAUUCUUUGAAUAUUUCAUCCUUCAAAUGCAUACUUUGAAUAGUGAAUACUUUGAAUAAUACAAGCUUUCAACAAUUCAAACUUCCAGUCAUGCAUACGUUUGAAUAACUGAUACAUUGAGGAUGCAUACUUUGACAAAUGCAUGCUUCAUGUGAUGCAGGACACUAGCUGUAGCAAAUACUUCCUGUUAUUUGCCCCCGGCUGUUUAAUUAGAACAAUGCACAGGUGUUUAACGAGAACAGUGCGCAGGUGUUUAAUUAGAACAAUGGACAGGUGUUUAAUUAGAACAAUGGACAGGUGUUUCAUGUACGAGUUUAUAUAAGAAAGCAAGGGUUUGUUUAUAAUCUGGUAUUGUACAAUAUAAUAUACUCAGCAGAACAUUUCCUUCAGCUGAAGUAUUUCUGUGGGAACAUGUCUGGUUGGUCCUGAAUUAUCGUGUGGAUAUUGAAGUCAUUACAAUUGCCAUUGUCGUCUCCCUUGUAUCACGCCUGGCCAACUAUAACCCCUGUAUUCUGUUGUUGUGUUACAACAACUGUCAGCCCUGAAAUUAGGCUGGAAUGCCUCUUAUAGUCAAAUUAUAGAACUAUAAGGCAGCUCUUAAUUAAUUAGAACUUCUACCAUGACAUUUUAGCUUCCUGCUCCUGAUUGGCCCUCAGCAGUACCAAGUUUAUGUUAGACCAUGACUUCUGUGUUGUUGUUGAUGACUUGCGAAAGAAAAUAUUUAUUUAAUAGCAUUACUUUCACAAACCCAAUGGAAGGCAAUUUCAAAUUCAAAUACUGUAUUGUGGAUCACAAUAUCAUAAGCAAGUGUGGCAAAACAUUUUGAUCUCCUUGUUGUCCAAAGUAGAAAUGAGUGGUUGACUGUCCCUUCUUAACACUACAUACCCUAGACAUGUCGACACACAGAUAUUAUUAACAUUUUGGCAUUCAUAGGUAUUUGACUUCAAAACAGCAUUUGGUAUCCAUUGCAUGUAUGAAGUCAGUGGAUAUAGUUCCUAGUUAUCAGCCUUUCUCAGUCUUGUAUAUUUAAUGUUUGUAUUCACAAACUGCACAAUAGUCUGUCUGUGCAGAUUUGUCUCUUACUUGAAUCAAAAACAACUUUGUCUGUGAACGCAUUUGAAUCAGCAUUUUACAAAUAUUUCUAACUUUUUUAAAGCAUUUUUCUUUUUCUAUAUUGAAGUCAUAAAGACCCAUCCAUGUUGCAGAUCAGUCAUUUUAUGCAUUGUAACAAUUGUGUCCGUUUUAUUACCUUGUUUUAUUACUUUGUUUUAUGGCUUUUUUUCCCGCAGUGUUUUGUUACAAUUCCCAAAACACUUUUUUAUGAUAUUCAUGGCUUCAAAUAUUAUUAACAUGUCACCGUUAAUAAUAAGGCAAAAAUAAUUGUUUCCAGAUUGGAUAAGAAUCCCUUUGUUUGCUUAUGUCUUAUGUUCUACAACCAAUGUCGUGAGUUGUCAUGGCUGCCUCAGGUUACAGUUUAUGUGAAUUUUUUUUAAUUUAAUUUUUAUUGUGACUCCUUGUGUUGGAGUCUGAUCUAUGAGGUCACUCUGUUUGUCUCUAGUCCAGGAUUGAAACUCGAAACAAACAGCCAUCUUAGUGCUAAGACUGCAGUGAUACCAUGUUAUGUGACUUAUGAUAACACUAUCUUAGUAUGUGUAUUUGUGAGUGAGUGAGUGAGUAUGAUUUUACGCCGUUUUUGGCAAUAUUCCAGCAAUAUCACGGCGGGGGACACCAGAAAUGGGCUUCACACAUUGUACCCAUGUUGGGAAUCGAACCCGGGUCUUCGACUUGACGAGCGAACACUUUAACCACUAGGCUACCCGACCGCCCCAUAAGUGUAUGUAGUCUGAAUUAUCAAUUGUGUAUGUUAAGUCACAGGAGUCAUUGAUGUUAUGUCUUCGUAAAAGCAUUUGAAGAAUAUUUCUUUCAAUAAGAAAUUUACUUAUGAUUGAAGUCCUUGCUAAGUCCUUACUUAUGAUAUUCGAUAGUCUGUGUUGAGGUAUAUGAUCUUAAUUACUAUAAAGAUACAUGCUUGUCGUAAGAGGCGACUAACGGGAUCAGGUGGUCAGGCUCGCUGACUUGGUUAUGCAUGUUAUUGUAUUCCAAUUGCGUGGAUCGAUGCUCAUGAUGUCAAUAACUGGAUUGUCUAGUCCAGACUCGAUUAUUUACAGACUGCCAUCAUAAAGCUGGAAUAUUGCUGAGUGCAGCAUUAAUCAACAAACAAACAAACAAAAACAAACAUGCAUAGUAAAGUAAAUGAGUCUUAAUCAUCAUACAUUUAGGGUUAAAUAUGAACACGAAUAUAUAUAUAUAUAGGUCUUUGAAAGGCAUUUAGACGUGAUACACAUUUAUUUAUGGAUGUCAAUAUGAAUAUAUAUAUGUUUCUGUUUUAUGUUGCAAAAACUAUUUGUCAUGUGUUUGAGCAAUUCACAAACUGAUAUGAACUAAAUCAAUGCUUUUGUAUGCAUAAUAUUUCCAUUUGUAUAUGGCAUCAUAUCUCCAACAUUCACAUCACUGAAGCAAUUUAAAGGCAUUUUGUUUUCUUUGUUUUAUUUCAUUGUUCAUUAUGUUGUUGCCUUUUAUGCAUUUGCUGAACUUUGAAAAAUAUAUAUGUAUAUGUGAUCAUAUGUGAUAAGAUAUAGUCAUUGUAAAAUAUUUUUUUACUUUUGAAAUCGUAACUAUUUUAUGCAGGAAAAGAUAAAAUGGUUGCCAUGUUUUCAUUGUUUGCUUUUAAAGAAUUAUUUGUUCCAAUGGAAAAGGAAACAGUGUUAUGUAGAAAACCAUAAACAGAUUUAUCACCCUAAACUGGCUCCCACAGGAGAUAUUGCUUGGGUGAGAUCAAUGGAUAUCUACAUUGUUGAUAUCGCUGCAUUGAAAUUGCAUCACAAUGCUUUGCAGACUAUUGUGAUGUCAUUGGUUACCAUGACAUCACAAUCAAAUGACAUCACUGAUGGCUCUGCUACUGAAGCUGUUAUCAGUACUUUUCACGCUUAAGA